GGCCCGCUGGGGGCGCUGUCGGCGCGCGCUCCUGGAUGCUGGACGGCUGUUGCCUGCCCAGGAGCAACCCGCGGGUGCCACGCUGCGGGCGCGGGGAGGCCUCGGGCGGCUCUGGAGCCUCUUCCUUUACAGGCCCUUCAGACUCCCUGCUGCUUGCCUCACCCGUUAUCCCUUGCCCCAGGUGGUUGUGGCUGGUAGACUUGCCUUUCAAUGCUUUCAACAAAGUGCCCAGGAGGCCGCUUCAGCCCUGUGAAAGUUCCAAGUGAGAGAAAACAGAGGACAGGAAGUCCAGUGGUUUGCAGAUGGCCAGGCCUGAGGAGACUCUGCCAGCCCUUCCUCAGGACAAAGGGGGCCAGGAAGAAGGGACGCCCAUCCUGUUGCCCAGCCUGAAGGGCAGCUGCUUCGACCAUCCCCUGCACCAGGGGCUCCUCCAUGCCACCCGGCGCUGCAGCAGUCCUACCUCAGCUCUAACACCUAAGGUGUCAAAGAAGCCCAAGGUGCAUGCAGCCAGGGACAUGUUCCCCAUUGACUGGAGCCCGCCACCUGUAGAGUUCCUGAACCUGAGGGUACCACCAGCAGGCAGGGGAACCCCAGGCCCGAGGUGGGUUGAUGCAGUGGAGCCUCACGGCCUGAGGACAUGGGCCCACCAGCUGCCUGACAAGUUAGAGCAGGAGCCCCAGGACUCGGACCCCCAGGGGAAUCUGGCCUCACUGGAGGAGCCGUUCUGGAACAUGGCAGGCCCAAGCCAAAAGGCUGAAGUGAUGGACACCUACACCUUGUUCACCUCUGGGGCCUCAGAGAGCUAUGUCAAUAGCUUAGACUACUUACUGCAAGAGAAGCGGGACCAGGCCCUGGAGCAGGAGCAAGAGCAGCUGCUUCUGCAGGACCGUCCCCAACUCAGCUUCCUGGAUCUGGAUGAAGAUGAUGUGCCUCUCACACCUGAGCACAGGAUGCUGGUGGAGAAGUUCUCCGUGUCACCGCAGGUCAUCCCGCUGGUGCACCCUGGGGAGAUGGUGUUUCUACCCAGGCAUCAGCCCCUGCCCUGCAUCCUGGACCAUUCACAGCUCAAGCCACGGAGCCACCUGGAAGAACGGUUCCUCAGCUGCCCGCCCGCCCAGCAGCUCUCCUUCCUGCGCAUGGGCCUCCUGAGCAACCUCUACUUGCACACCCCCGACUGCCCAGUGGCCCUGCUCCGGUGGCUCUUCCAGCUGUUGACGUGGCCUCCAGAAACUUCUUCGGGAGCCUUCAGUCUCCUUUGGGAUCUCAGCGUGGAUGGGCUCUUCCAUCUGUCUGAUGGAGACAAGCGAUGGUGGUGCCCCUCGCUGCAAGAGGUCAUGGAAACAUUCCACAGCUUGGGAGCCCGCAGCCCUGCGCUGGACCCCAGUCAGCCUGGUGAGAGAGUGCUUAAAAAUGACAUCAACCUGAGCUGGAGUCAGCAGCAGGACAACCCCCCAGAGACUGCCUUGGACCUUAGCCUGAGCUACAUCUGUAAGUUCCUGGCACUGUGUGCCCUAGCCCAGCCAACGGCCUACACUGAUGGGGAGCUCUUGGGCCUGAUUGAGCUCCUGUGCCGAGCUGGCCUAGAUGUGGGGCUCCGCCUGGUACCCAAGACCGAUCUUCAGCAGCUUCUGCUUCUGCUCCUGGAGAACAUCCAUGAGUGGCCCGGGCAGCUCCAGCCACUGUGCUGUACCCUGAGCAAGGUGUCAGAUCACCACCACAACCUGCUGGCCCUCGUGCAGUUCUUCAUGGACGUGACCUCUCGGAGCAGGCAGCUUCGAAGCCAGCUCAGCCUCCUGGUCAUUGCCCAGAUGCUGGACCAGCAAGAGACGUUUCCUCUCUGGCAAGAGAAGGCCCAGCUGUUUUUGCUCAGCCAGCUCCUGAGUCUCAUGAGGCCAUCAUCUCUCAGGCAGCAUCUGGGCUCUGUGACCUUGCCACCCGGCCAGGAGCAACAGCCAAAGGCCAGUGCUGAGCUAGACCACAAGGCCUGCUACCUAUGCCACAGCCUGCUGAUGCUGGCCGGGGUGGUGGUCAGCUGCCAGGACAUUACUCCAGACCAGUGGGGGGAGCUGCAGCUGCUGUGCAUGCAACUGGACCGUCACAUCAGCACCCAUAUCCGGGAGAGCCCCCAGGCCAUGCACCGGACCAGACUCAAGGACCUGGCAGCCCAGACCUAUAUUCGCUGGCAGGAGCUGCUGGCCCACUGCCAGCCCCAGGCCCAGUACUUCAGCCCCUGGAAAGACUAAAAGAGCAGGGCACAGCUGGUCCCCAGCUUUUGGCUCUGGCUGGAAGUGAAUGGGGCUCAAGCAACAGGAGGAAGUGAAGAACAGAGGCCAGAGGAGGGCCAGUAUGAUGAAGUGAGAACCUGCUUCCACACUGGCCCUGACCCCCACCGGGCAAUGGAUAUGUCUCCCUCCCUGCUCCUCAGCCCUCCUUCCCUCCCAGCUUUCUCCUCUGCCCCAAGCCCUUUGUCUCCAACUCUCCGGUUUCCCAGGGCCUCCUGGGCCCUCCCCACCGUCCUUCCUCUCUCUGUCACUAAUGUGAGCUUUCUUUGUACACACUAAAGUCUUAUUUCAGCAUCAGUGGUUUAGAAAAUUUCCUUCAACCCCUGUCCUGAGGGCUCUUGCCCAGGGUCCAGUUUCCUGACAUCUCUCUACUGGGACUGUGCUGAGACAGUCAUGUGACGUGGUCCUCUUAGGCUCCUCCCCCUGUCCCAGAAGGCUGUUUGUAAAUCCUGAGGGAAGUUAUUCCUGUCAGAAACACAGGCAGGAGGGCUAGGGAGGAUGGGUUUGGACCUGAUCUGGGACCAUACCCCCCCACCCCUUACUCACUGCCCUCUCCGGGGACAGUCCACAGACUGAGCUGGCGGGUCAGGAGUGUAACUACACUUAAUUCAGUUUAUUGUUGAGUUCUGAAAUCAACUCCACAGACUUAGAAGUGGGGGAUGGAUGGUAGGAGCCAAAAGACAGUUCUGGAUACUGCUGCUGCUUUCCCUCAGCCUUACCCUUGCUCUGAUUAUUAAGGAAGUGCUGGAUGUCUUUGACCCACCCCCCCUUGAGAAGCAAAUGGGCCCUGAGCAAGCCGGCGAGAUCCUUGGGUAUGCCCAUUCUCUGUCUACUCCUCCAACCCCAAGAAUCCAUUUUAGCACGCUCCUCCCAACUCUGGGUUGGGAGAGGGUUUUGCAGGGUCCAUAAGACAUGGAAAUAGCAGAGGAUCACCCCUGCACCCCUGGCCCAUGCCCAUUCAUCAGCUCAAGCCAAGCGUGUGCCGACAGCUUCGCCAUGGCUGGUGCUUACGACUUUCUCUGUUUAUGUGCCCCUUUCCCUUGUACUUUUAUGCCACAGGGGCAGGACAGGCUAAAUAGGAGAAAGACUCCCCCUAUAUAAAGGACCUUCAGGGCAAGUGGCUCAAUUUGCAGACCUGCAGGGUAGCCCAUCACUUCCUGGGCCUGUCUUAUUUAUUUGUUUGCUUGUUUUGUUUUACUUAAGUAGGCUCCACACCCAGCGUGGAGCCCAACUCAGGGCUUGAACUCAUGACCCUGAGAUCAAGACCUGGGCCAAGAUCAAGAGUUGGAUGCUUAACCUACUGAGCCACCCAGGUGCCCCCCGGGGCUGUUUUAGACACAGCUGCCUCCCUCCCCCAGAAGGCUGGGACCUGGGACAUCUAUAAUUCAGAGGGCCUGAGCACACAGCCGAGCGCUGGGUGCCAUACCGGUCGUCGCCCUGCCAUGCUCCCUUUGCCAAGUGACAGGUGGAAGAAGUCCUUGGCCAGGGUGACUUGGAUGCCCAGAUGACUUGACUGAGAGUUCUGGUUUCUGUUCCUGGCCACAUCACAGGGCCCCCUGGCCAGGGCACCAUGGAGGCCCCAGCGGCAUCAGGUAGGCCUGAGAUGGUCUGAUAAAAGUGAAGGCUCUGAUGAGGCAGCCUCCUUCAUGUCCCUCUAGGCUGCCCCGACUUCUGACACUGUACAUCCUGACAGCUAAUCCUCAGCUCUUCGGUAUGCUCUGGAAACCUGGAAAUCACCUUUGAAAUUUCCCCCCUUUGUUCUCACUGCCAAGGGCAGAGAGGGAAAGGUCUAAGAGGCUGAACUGGGGAGUUUCCAAUUCUCGAAGCUGUCCCUACCUGGCUCCGAGAAAGAGAUCAUUCUGUCUAUCAGCACAGACACCCGGGGCCUUUCUCCCCAGUCCUGGUCCUUGAGCACUGAGCCCUCCUCCCCUGUUCCCCAAACACACUUGUCCCCAAGGGGGAAACAGAUACCAAGGAGAAAGAAGGUGUUGGUGACUACUCAGUCCCUCCAGAGAUCUAGCGGUAACCUGAGCAGAGGGGUGUGCUUCAAGGUCACCCAAGGGCGUCCCAUAUCCCCUGGGACAUGUAAUGGGCCCUCACUGGAACUGGCUGGAGG